UUCUUCUGUAGCUUUUCUCAUCCAUUCUCUCUCCCUCUCUCUUUCCAGAACAAGCCCACAAUGACCAGAGAAUCCAUCCAUGUCAUUAUCUGCGGGCCACUGGUUAGAGACUUAGAAAAGCCAUGAAGGUGAUGUCCAGUCAGAAGGAGCUAAAGUAGUGAAGAGGUCAUUCAUGGAAGGACAGUGAGACUGUAUAUCCUUACUGGAUAUUGAAUUCCUGUCUCCAGCUUCCGUAUACAAACUUUCUGACACCACUUCACAAACGCAAACACAUACAUCUGGGUAAACAAAACCUGGAAACAGUCCUGUUUUCUGUUGGAUAUAAUCCUGCUGACGUCGGCUGAUGUCACCAAUUGCCUGCAUCCCAUUCAGCUCCUCCGGGGGCUGAGCCAACUUGCAGAGGAGUAUGGGCAGGAGGGUGGCUGACCCAACCAAUCCGGUGCCUGCACUGGGGGUUCCCCAGGCAGGGGGGCGAUGGGGCCCACUGUGCAGCGUCGGGGUUCAAACAUCUCCCGGGCUGCGAACUCUUCCUUCCGUCAAACGACACGGGAGCCAACCAACCAACAUGCAUCGGCCACUCACCAUGUCCACAGACAAAACAACAGCAGAGACGGUGGCAGUUAUAAGAAGUGACAGCAACAGCCUGCCAGUGUCCAAGGAGACAUCACAGAACGAGAUCAACAGCCUGGCACAGGACGACAUGGGGUCACAGGGGUCAGGCAGCGGAGUUUACUGCCAGAUUAAAACUAUAAGGACAAACCCCAAGGACCCAAAACCAAAAAGAACAGCUCGGUAUACAAAUGGCAGUGUGGUAGCCUCUGAGGUGGUCGGAGGCGUUUGCACGGAGGCCACAGAAGGUAAGGAGCCAGCCCACGAGAGGAGGAGGGUGCAGUCUCUACGUGUGGAGGGUCAUCGCUCCGUAUUAAAGACGGGAAGUGUUUGUACCACAGUCCACGCCACCCCUCCACGGCCCUGUCGAAUUAUGACGACUUCCCCACCCCGCCUCUGUGCGACAUGUGGGAGGAGACGAUCGCAGAUUACACCUUGCACAGGUGCAUGUCGCAGAAGGGCUGUCAACCAAAUAACAUCCAGCCAAACUUUACCUAAUCCGCCAAGGACACUUUCUGUGACUCGCAACCAGUCAAGGAAAGAGUCUUCUCUGGACUCUGAGUCUCACAUGAAAAACACAGACAAAGCAAACCCCUCCAUGCGCACAUCAGUAAAGACUACUCAAAUACCACAACUGUCACACACUAUACCAAAAACACAUAGCUCUCAUUCCAACCACACAUCACACACACAGAAUAAAACAAAAGAUUCAAAGCAGCAGACAAGGCCACAUUCCGCAGACUUCACUCAUUACAAGGAUUCAGCCACACAAACAACAGACACACAUGCAUCCAACAACACAGAAAGGGCCACAAUCACAACACAAAUGCAACAAGCACAGAGACCAUCUGCAGAAACAACAGAGCCAAAUUCAACUGACAAACACAACUGUGAUUUGGCUAAAAUGGAGCAGGUUGAUGAACAUAAACCCACAUCAGCCUGUAUUACUUCUAAACUUCCAGUUUCUUCCCUUCACAGUGACUCAAAAUCUACCCACAGCCCACCGCUCCCACCAAAAAACUCUCCUAAAUCCACUCGUUCCAAACCAGCCACACCUGUAGCACAAACCAAAAACACACAGGAGACCACGAACACUCCCAAGCAAACAUCUACCGAACGAAUCAAACUCAAGGACUACGCAAAACAGAAGAGCAAAUCAUUUGACGACCACACUCUGCCUUGUAAGACUCAUAUGAAAGCACAAUGCAAUGGGGCUCCAGGAGGACUGCCGGGUGGACAAGCUGGGAGUGCACCCCGCAGGCUGGAGAGUCAGCUUCAGAGUGUGGAGGAAAACCUUAUGUCCAAUCAGGAGAAGAUCAAGGUGCUUCUCAACGUCAUUCAAGACCUGGAGAAGAGCAAGGCCCUCAGCGAAGGUCGCAGCUCAUACAGAACUGGUCAGGACAUUAACAACUGCCCCACCUGCCAAAAGACAGCCUGCAUCAUCUACAGUGUGGAGCAUGACUUCCGACAGCAGGAGGGACGCUUACAGGGGGUUAUGGAGUACCUGGAGGGGGAUUAUGAUGUGCCUGCACCUACUCUGACCAAGCCCACACUAGCCCCUUCUUCCUCCAGCCGUCCCAGCACCAAGGCUCGUGUCAAGAAACUCCGCAAGAAGUGUUUCUGGUGGCUGUAAGCUUUGGGGAAGAACCACAACAAGUUUUUUGUCCACAAGGCAUAUGGGUGACGAUUAUGUUCCAGGAGGCCCCAGGCUCUAGAGCUUUGGAAUAAAGCAUCCCUCUCACGGUCCUGUGGGUGUCUUUAAAAUCAGUGGAAGCAUUUUUCAAGCCGUAUCCCUGUAAAUGGUACUUUUCCCACAGAAAUCCAUCCUGAGCUCUGAAAAUACACAUCAGGGGACCAAGCAGAGAAAAAGGAAAUGCACUAAAGAAGAAAACGGGGACCAAACAAGCUGCUGCACUUUCCCCUCUCAUCUGUGAGGGAAAUACAUCUGAGAGGUAGAGCGAGAAUGAGAUCAUCAUGACCUUCCCUCUGCGCAAACCAGACUUCAGUGGCUAAUUUGAGAUUAAUUUUUGGAUUACAGUGAGGAUACAGUUUUCCCAUAGAACUGAAGCACUUCAGAUGGCAGACGGGUGGACUGUUUGUCACUUGGCUGACUAGCUGUCUAGACAGAUGGACAGAUGUAUGAACUAAUUUAUGCAAAGAUGGAUUCACGCCUACAGCUGGGAAUGAAUCUUCACAACGAUUUUGGCUUGAUUACAAAAAUAAGCAGGGAAAAAAAACAAUUCUGAAAAUCCAAGGAAUUUGAUAACUAAUGGGAAUACUGCGUCUUGACAGCCAAAACUUGAAUGUAGCAACAACUGACAAGGUGAGAGGAAACAAGUGGAAAGCAAACUGAUGAGCUCUCUGGAAACAAAGACAGCUUACAGGGUAGAUGUGAGGUUUUUGGAGAGCACAGUGGACAUUGUAUUAAGAA